AGGGAGAAAAAGCACCUUGGUGGGCUGUGGAAGAGACCCAGAAACGGAAAUUUUGGGGAUGGCUUGUCCUGAUGUGGGUGCAGAGAAGCCUGGAAUUGCCUGGCAUGGGUAUUUAAGCAAGUUUGGACAUGAGGCCACAACAGGCAGCCACUUGUCAAACGCAACUUCAAAGGUGGCAACAACAACCGCUGCCACCUUGCUGGAUGCUGCCAAUUCGAGCGACUACCCGUAUGAGUACUUGGAUGAAGAGGAUUAUAUGCAGUAUGGCCUCUGCACAAAAGAAGAGGUACUCUCCUUUGGCAGAGUAUUCUUGCCAUCUUUUUACACAGUGGUCUUCCUGGUUGGAUUGGCUGGGAAUGUCCUCCUGUUUAUUGUCCUCGUUGUGUACCUCAGGAAAAGAAAGAAAAUGACGGAGGUGUAUCUGCUGAACCUGGUGGUUUCAGACUUCUUCUUGCUACUAACUCUUCCUUUUUGGGCUCUGUACAUUUCUCAGGGGGUAACCUGGGACAUAUUGUGCCCGGUCUUAAAUGCCACGUACACUGUGAAUUUCUACAGUGGUAUCUUUUUUGUGAGCUGCAUGAGUCUGGACAUGUAUCUGCAGAUAGUUCAUGCUUGCUCUCCUCGCAGCUCCCUGACACGGAAGAAGUCCAUCCUUGUCUUGGUGGUGGUAUGGGUCCUUUCCAUACUUCUCUCCAUUCCUGAUGGCCUCUUUACCAGCACAAGGCAAAUCCACAACAAAACCGUCAUGUGCACCCAUGAUUAUGGCCAGAAACACUUAUUUUGGAAAGUUGUCUUUCGGGUCAUUCAAAACAUCCUGGGUUUCCUUUUUCCCUUCCUUUUCAUGGUGUUCUGCUAUUCCCGCAUAGCGUGUGUCCUCACCACAUCUCAGAUGCCUGGCUCAAGGAGAGCACUCUGCUUAGUCUUUACUCUGGUGGGUGUCUUCUUUGUCCUGUGGUCCCCUUACAACAUUGUCCUCAUCCUUCACUCCCUGCAAGACGUCGGUGUGAUCAGGAGCUGUGAAAGCAGCAAGCGAUUGGACUAUGCCAUGCACGUCACGGAGAGUUUGUCCUUUGUCCACUGCUGUCUCAACCCCUUGCUCUACGCUUUUGUGAAAAAACGAUUCAGGUUAUAUUUACGGAAGAUCCCGCAGGCUAUUUUCAGGAGAAGCGCUUUCUCUGACAUCCAGCCCUCAGAGACAAGCCAGUCUUGCAACAGAUACACAGCUGAGAUAGAAAUGUUGAGUAUCACAAAUGCGUGAUAAAUAUUUACAUUCUUUACGUUACAUGUACGCCCUCUAUGCUGAUCCUGGCCAUGCAAUGGAGUUGGUGGGAGCCCACAGCACUGCGUAACCAGAUAUUUCAUUCUAGUGCCAGCACCGAGAUGAGGAUUUUCUGUGUUGGGAUUGAAAAAGUAUCCAUGGGAUUUGUUUCUGUUAUAAAUGGAAUUAUUAUAAAAGGAUUGCCCUGAGUUUAUGCUCGUGGAAGAAGCCCAGCUCCUGUCUGGAGUAUGUGAGGAUUAGUGGAUGAAGGAGCAGCUUAUCUAGAUGUUGUGUCCUUAAAAGUGCAAACUGAAAUUUGUGCAGAACUUGUCCCCCAUAGAUCCCAAAGAGGCUGAUGGAGGAGAGCAAUCCCAUUAUCCCUCCAGCUCGUGGUGUGAGCCAGGGAAUGGAUUUGCCAUGCUCAUCCAUCAAACCAGACACAGGUGGCCAGAAGCCCAGCUUGUGGGGUGGCUUUGCUUCUCCUGGCUUUUGCCAUCUUCCAGGUAGAUGUGUUCAACCAGGCUCAUCCCUUUGUUUACCAGGAGAGACAACGGGAGGAAUUCGGACUGGGUUGUCUGACCAAUGCUGGGUUUCUCCGUUACGAUCAGCUGUGCCACGCUCGGGUGUGCUGAGCGGGAAACUGUAUCUUUCCGAGGGACAGAUCCUUGGUUAGGGAUCAGUUUGAUCAUCAGCUGAUUUGAGAUCAGUUUGAUGAGCAACAAAGUUCAAACCAGUAACAACCAGUGAAAAAGAGAAAAAAAAGAGGGCUCAGCAGAAUGGUGGUGGAGGCAUUUGCCUUCCUGAAGAUUGAUUGUGACAACAUAAAAAAGAUCCAUGGAUACUGUCGUUAAUAAGUUAUUGGCUUCGCAACACCACAGUGAGAACAUGGCCCUGGACAGAAGGGCACAGAUAGCUGUUUGCCAAUCCUUAUUACCCAGCGCAGCUUUAAAGUUCAAGGUUAUUCGUUUGGUGACCUUUAUUUAAAGGUACUAUUCACCUCAAAUACCCCUCGAACCUUAAACGGGCACUUUCCAGCCUGGAAAACUAUUGAGCACGGGAGUUGCCUAGAAUAGCACAAAUAAAAUUAACAAUUUAAGAGAAAACACUUAUCACCUUAAUUUUAUUGCUAGACAAGGUUACUGGACUGAGAAGGGCUUUGAGUUGGUCUAGAAAGGUGGAUUUGUUUUCACUGCUGUUAUUUUUCUUGCCAAUGU